AUGAAUAAGUAUCCAUUUGGCUCGAGUAACAAUCCCAACAAGGCGUAUUACGCGUACGGCCCAAGAGGUGUUGCUGAUUUCGAUUUGGAAUCAGCAACAACAACAACCACCGUCAGAAAAUCUCGAAAGCCCAAGAACUCGUUCCCCAAAAUGAUCAAAUCUCUCGGGAAUCGUCUUCACCACCUGCUCAAACUGCAUCCGGUUCUGUUCCUCAUCGUUCUCUUCUCGUUCGGGGUCACACUCCUCUUACUCCUCUCGUCGUCGAUCUACGGGAGCAGUUUCCGAUCAACAGUCACUGCUUCCGCUUACAAGAGGACCACCGAUCUGGAUAACGAGCUUUACCCGUUUGCUCAUCUUAAAAGCCUCGUGAUGGUUGCUGGGCACUCUGUUUACACGAGCAGCGACUGCGGGAAGAUCGAGAGAGAGGAGUCGUGGUUCUUGGAGUCUUAUCAGAAGCAUCCAGGUCAAGCUGCGACGUUCUUGAGCCAUAUACAAGAAGGCGUUGAAGCUGCGGGUAGAGAUGAUGAGUCUCUGCUUCUCUUCAGUGGAGGAGAGACUCGUAAAGAGGCAGGACCUCGCAGUGAAGCUCAGAGUUAUUGGAGUGUCGCUGAGUCUAAAGGAUGGUUCGGGAAGAAGGAUGUGAGAUCGAGGGCGUUGACGGAAGAGCAUGCAAGAGACAGCUUUGAGAAUCUGCUCUUUAGUGUUUGUAGAUUCAGAGAGCUCACUGGCUCUUACCCAAAGAACAUCACAGUAGUGAGUUAUGAUUUUAAAGAGGAGAGGUUUGCGAAUCUGCAUCGUUCGGCGAUGAGGUUUCCGGAGUCAAGAUUCUUGUACGUGGGAACUCCGGCGUCUGUUUCGUCGAAAGAAGCCGCGCUAAAAGGAGAGGCUAUGGUUAGAGCUCAGUUUCAAGAAGAUCCAUACGGAUGCGUUGGCUCGCUUUGGCGUAAGAAGCUGAAGCGUGACCCUUUCCACAGGACUAUACCUUACCCUAGUGGUUGCCCUGAGAUUGGAGCAUUGUUCAGGUACUGUGGCUCAGCUACUUUCCCUGGCUCUCUCCCAUGGGACUGA